AUGACCUACAUCAGCCGCUACAUCCGAGAGAACUGGAUCUUGGAAUGGGAAGGGCCCUCGGACUUUGCCCGCGAGAUCCUGUGCCAACCGGCUUACUGGGCCAAAGUCAUCCGGGCCUGGGCUCUGGGCGAUACAGACCCCAGCACGGGUGCUAUGAAUUGCACAUAUGCCAUUUGCGACGUGAAUGGAAAGUGCUUGGAGGACGACGACGAGGGUGAAGGCCCGGCCGGCAACGAGCGCCGUCAUGCCAACCUGUUUGGCCGACAUGCUACGCACCUACUAUCCCAUUCGCAUCAUCACCACAGACGCCACACGUUACAACCUCGAAUAGUGGAACCUCUUGAGGUCACAGACCCAGAUGAUACGACCGAAAAACAUGAAUAUGCCAUCGAGAUCCCUGAUAAGUGA